AUGGAUUUCAAUAAUAACGAAGUACUAUUUUGGAAAGUAAUUCACAAUAAAUGUUUAUUUUACAAAAUAUUAGAUCAUAUAGAAAAUAAUGAAUGGAUUAAUUAUAAACCCAUAUCAUGUAAAGAGAAUAGGACAAAAUUUAAACAUAUUUAUGAUUUAAAAUGGAUGAUUAAAAAUAAUCAAUUUCAAUUACUAAAAUAUAAAUUAAAAAAUAAUGAAUAUGUUCAUAUUAGUAAAUUUAAUUUAAAGUCAUUAUUCAAUCUAUAUUUAAUUAAUAAUACUAAUAAUAAUAAUAACAAUAAUAAUAAUAAUAAUAAUAAUAAUAAUAGAGCACAAAUAAUAGAAAUAACAUCAAAAGAUCGUUUAAACUACGACUUAAAAUGUCAAAGAUCAAUCAACAUUGAAUUAUAUAAAGAGAUAUUGCAAUUAGUACUUGAAAAAAGGAAUUUUGAAUUUUUGAAAGAUUAA